AUGGGUAGAGAUCACCAUCGAGUAAAGGAUCACCACUAUGACCACCAUCAGCACUGUUCGCGUCCCCGUGCCCUCUACGGCCCCUUCAGAGGCUCCCCCUCUUCCACCGAGGCCUCCGCUAUCGACAACCUGGCAAAGCUGCCACCAGGCCUUCGGGUGGUGAUUUUCCUCGCGUUUAGCUUCAUCCUAAGUGGUGGGAUGUACUAUUUCAUCAAGAGGCAGAAGGCGAAGCCGAGCAAUGGAAUUCCGUAA